GUACCUGCUGGAGCAAGAUUUCCCCGGGAUGCGGAUCGGACCCGAACCCACGACGGACUCCUUCAUUGCAGUGAUGCAGGGGGACGUGGAAGGGAUCAUCCCUGGGAAUGCCCUGGUGGUAGAUCCCAAGAAGCCCUUCCGGAAGCUUAACGCCUUCGGCAACGCCUUCUUGAACAGGUCAGUCGGCUACUGGAGCGGCAUUCUGAGCUGGUUUGACUGGGGAAACUGGUUUUUGGCGGCCCGGGGUCAGACGGUUACUGUUGGUUCUCUUGUUUUUCUUAUCUGUCAAUCACUCAUUUUCAGCUUCAGAAAUAUUACUUCUGACUGCAGCUGGCUGGGCGGCGACGACCGCCGUCGGAAGGACCCGGAGGUCUUCCAGACGGUGAGCGAAGGGCUGAAGAAGCUCUACAAGACCAAGCUGCUGCCGCUGGAGGAGCACUACAAGUUCCAUGAGUUCCACUCGCCCGCCCUGGAGGACGCCGACUUCGACAACAAGCCCAUGGUGCUGCUGGUUCAGGCCUAUAUCAUCAGCUCUCUGAAGAAAGAAAUGCCCUCCGUCUUUGGCAAAGACAACAAAAAGAAAGAGCUGGUCAACAACCUGGGCGAGAUUUACGGCCGGAUCGAGCGAGAGCAUCAGAUCUCGCCAGGAGAUUUCCCCAAUUUAAAGAAAAUGCAAGACCAACUCCAGGGUCAAGACUUCAGCAAAUUCCAACCCCUGAAGGCCAAGCUGUUGGAUGCGGUGGAAGACAUGUUGGCCCACGACAUUGCCCAAUUGAUGGUCUUAGUGCGCCAGGAAGAAUCCCAGCGGCCAGCCCAGAUGGUAAAAGGCGGCGCCUUCGAAGGGACCCUCCAUGGCCCCUUCGGACAUGGCUACGGAGAAGGAGCCGGAGAAGGCAUCGACGACGCCACCUGGGUGGUGGCCCGUGACAAGCCCAUGUAUGACGAGAUCUUCUACACCUUGUCCCCUGUCGACGGGAAGAUAACCGGGGCCAACGCCAAGAGGGAGAUGGUGAGGUCCAAGCUCCCCAGCACCAUGUUGGGCAAGGUCUGGAAACUGUCCAACAUCGACAAAGACGGGAUGUUGGACGAUGAAGAGUUUGCCUUGGCCAACCAUCUCAUCAAGGUCAAGUUGGAAGGCCAUGAGCUUCCCAGCGAGCUACCGCCUCACCUUGUCCCGCCGUCCAAGAGGAAAAUGGCAGAUUGACCGACCUCUGGAACGCGUCGGGGGAGAUGGGAAAGGUUCCUGUCUUUUUUUUGAACCUCUGGAGAUGCGCAAGGUCCACCUCUUGAUGG